GCUUUAGUGGUGGAGGAGCCAUGAGCGAGACGGGCCCGGCCGAGCGCUGCGGUGCGCUUCUCACUUGGAUGCAAACAUUUCAUGUUCCAUCCCCAUGUGCUAAGGAGGAGGAUCUGGCCAGUGGGGUUACAAUUGCCCAGGUGCUGCACAAGAUAGACCCCUCUUGGUUCAAUGAAACAUGGCUCCUGCGAAUUAAAGAUGAUACUGGUGACAACUGGAGGCUGAAGGUGAGCAACCUGAAGAAGGUCCUGCAGAGUGUGGUUGAAUACUCCCAGGAUGUCCUGGGCCACCAAGUCCCAGAACAGCUGCUGCCCGAUGUAGCCCUGGUUGGAGAGCUGUCUGACACAGCUGAGCUGGGCAAGUUGCUGCAGCUGGUGCUUGGCUGUGCCAUCAGUUGUGAGAGGAAACAAGAUCACAUCCAGCAAAUCAUGACCCUAGAGGAGUCUGUGCAGCAUGUUGUUAUGACAGCAAUACAGGAGCUGUUGACCAAAGAUUCAUCAGACACACUGAGCUCAGAGACGUACGGGAACUUUGACAGCCAGUCCCGGAAGUACUACUUCCUCAGCGAUGACCUAGAAGAGACAGAUGAUAUGCGCCAGCGCUGCCAUGACCUAGAGCAGCAGAUCUCCAUCUUGGUGGAAGAAAAAAAUACAUUGGUGCUAGAGAACAAGACCCUCCGAGAGCAGAAAUGCUCUCUAGAGUCAAAUGCUGCUGGGCUCACUGGCAAGAAGUUGCUUCUACUUCAGACCCAGAUAGAGCAGCUGCAAGAGGAGAACUUUCGACUGGAAAAUGGCAGAGAUGACUUCCGGGUGCGCUGUGAAGAUCUAGAGAGAGAGGUGCAGGAGCUGCAACACCGCAAUGAGGAGCUGACCAGCCUGGCAGAGGAAGCACAAGCACUUAAAGAUGAAAUGGACGUACUCCGCCACUCAUCAGACAGGGUGGGACGGCUGGAGGCCAUGGUAGACUCAUACAAGAAAAAGCUGGAAGACCUGGGUGACCUCCGGCGACAGGUCCGGCUGCUCGAGGAGCGGAACACUGUCUACAUGCAGCGCACUUGUGAGCUGGAGGAGGAGCUGCGGCGCGCCAAUGCUGUGCGUGCACAAUUGGAAGCAUACAAAAGACAGGUGCAAGAGCUCCACAGCAGACAUGCAGAGGAGGCCUUGAAGGCAGAGAAAUGGCAGUUUGAGUUCAAGAACCUCAAGGAGAAGUUCGAGGCACUGGUAAAAGAAAAAGAGAGGCUGAUUGAAGAGCGGGAGGCCCUUCGGGAAGCCAAUGAAGAGCUGCGAUGUGCUCAGGUGCAGCAAAAAUUCCUAAACCAAGCAGAUACUAUGCUAGAAGAAAUGGCUUCUCCUGUGGAUAACUUGGCAGCUGAGAUUAUGCCAGCAGAACUCAAAGAGACAAUCGUGCGGCUGCAGCAUGAGAACAAGAUGUUAUGUGCGCAGGAGUUGUCCUACCGGCAGCAGCAGGCUGAAUUGCAGGGACUGCUGGAAGAAUCAAAUCGCACCAAGAACCAGCUGGAGGCACAGCAAAGACUGAGCCAGCAACAGAUCUCUGAGCUCAAGGCACAAGUGGAGGAUCUCCAGCGGGCCCUCCAGGAGCAAGGAAGCAAGGCAGAAGAUUCUUCUCUGCUGAAAAAGAAGCUGGAGGAACACCUAGAAAAAUUGCAUGAGGCCCAUGCAGAGCUUCAAAAGAAGAAGGAAUGCCUUGAUGAACUGGAGCCCAAAGUGGACAGCAACACUGCCAAGAAGAUUGAUGAGCUGCAGCAGUCUUUGAAGAAGAAGGAUGAAGAUAUGAGAGCCAUGGAGGAGCGCUAUAAGCGCUAUAUGGACAAGGCCUGCACAGUCAUCAAGAAGCUGGAUCCCAAGCAGCAGCCUCAUGUGGUUCCUCUGGAGAUCCAGGCUUUGAAAAACCAGCUGCAAGAAAAGGAUAAGAAAAUAAGCCACCUGGAGACUGAUUUUGAGAAGACAAAAUCUCAACAGGAGCAAGAAGAAAAGCUGAUCAUCACUGCCUGGUAUAACAUGGGCCUGGCGCUGCACCAACGAGCUACAGAGGAGCGAUCCUCCACCCCUCCAACAGUCCAGUCCUUCUUGGCCCAACAAAGAUUGGCCACCAAUGCUCGACGGGGCCACCUGGGCCGAGCCCAGCCCUUGCUGCUUCGAUACAUUGGCGCAGACAAGCCUUCUCAGUUAUCGUGAUCUGAAAGAGCUUCCUGGUGUAUGCUUUGGGUGCUGUGUUUCGAAAGGAGGUGGAAUCUGAGCUCCUCUUCUCCAUGCAGUGGUCACUCUUUAGGGACUCCAGUUUCCAAUGCUGCAGUUGAAAUUAAUUCUUCACUGUCCAGGAUUCCUCCUAUGCCAAGUCACAGUGCUUUUGUUUCUGAAAUGAGAGGAAUCUUUGGCAGCAUGGAGUUGGAUUCACUCUAGCAGAUGCCGACUUACCUAUUCCCUGUCCCACCACAGCUGGGGACUGUUACAAAGGCUGAGCCCUGGGUGAUGGGAAGGCAUCCUUUGCCACUACUCCUGAAUUAUCCCCUCCUCCUCCUAAAUUCUGGUUUUGUAUGUGGCUUCUGCAUAGCCCUGUCACUGCCAUUUUUAAAAUGCUCCUUCCCCAGGGAUCCCAUCCUCCUACGGUACAGAGGGGAUAUUUUCUGUUCCUGGUAGUUCUGAUUUCCUUUGCUGGAGCCGUGAGGAUAAAGCAGAAACACUCUGGUUAUGUUUUGGGAAUGAAGGCAUAAGCGCAAGGUGGCUUUUCCAGUUUUGAUCUUAUGAGCAGAGUAACUCCCAUCCCCCACCCACCUCGGCUACUGCAGUGCCUGAGGCACAUCUGACACAGCUUUGCUUAAUGGCUUAUCGCUCCCUUCCAAGAAGGGACUGGGCCUUGGUGCAAAAAAACAAAACCAUUUCAAACUUUAUAAACACUAAACUGGCUUUAGACUUAAGCGGGUGAGGAGAGUGUGUGGUCCUGCCCAUUGAUUGUCUGUGUGCACACCUAUAACUGUACUGUCCUCACAGCAAAAUUUAGAGUUUGGUGCUUUUUUUAAAAAAAAAAAAAAGUGUUACUCUGUUUUUCCUGUUAGUAUGCCUUUCCUUUUUGGAUCAUAUUCCCAUCCUGAGAGGAACUGUAAGAUGCAGUGUCCUUUUUAAAUUUGUUCUUUAAAGUUUGAUUAUUAUUUUUAUUUUUAGUAAAGGUCAUAGUUUUAAUGCUGUAAAUGAUACAUUUUGUAAAGCUAUCUUGUUCAUCCAGGUCGGUACCUCUGCCUCUUUAUUUUUCUAUUGGACAGAAACCUGGCAUACAGUGAUGUAGAGGGAUAUGUCUAUAGAAUCUUUACACUACAAAUAAAAAGGCUAUGAAAUAUU